AUACCGUCCCAAUAUGUUGAAGUUUAUUCGACGUGCAGUCACACUCCGGAUUUCGUAUAACCCCGUGAGAGUAACACCCAGUUUUGUAACCCUCCAUCCAAGUGUGACAACGAGAUUCUACAGUCAAAUCACGAGAACAACCCAGCGCGCUGGAGAAAGAAGACGCUUAUAUCACAAAGAAACAAAAAUGUCAAACAUUUUACACGAAGUCGAUACACCUUUCGAAAAAGCUACCUUUGGAAUGGGUUGCUUUUGGGCAAAUGAUGCAUUAUACGGUGCUGAACCAGGAGUACUGAGAACUCGAGUAGGGUACGCAGGAGGUACGACCGAACAACCUACAUACAGGAGCAUAGGUGACCAUACGGAAGUUAUAGAAAUUGAUUUUGAUCCAAAAGUGGUCACUUACGAAGAUUUGUUGCAUCUAUUUUGGAAACAUCACGAAUAUGGACUAACAACCAAAGUUAAGAAACAGUAUGCUUCCUGUAUUUUGUAUCACAACGAUGAGCAGAAACAGUUGGCUGAGAAAUCAAGAAAAGAAGAAGCGGAAAAGCAUAAUGUCCCAUUGAUAACUGACAUUGUUGCAGCAGGACCAUUUUAUCCAGCAGAAGACUAUCACCAAAAAUACCGUCUGCAAAAGCACUCGCUGUUAUGCAAUGAAUUAUCCUUGACACCAGCGCUUCUUCAGAAAUCCCACGCUGCAGCCCGCUUAAACGGAUAUGUAGCGGGAGUUGGAACGAAGGACGACCUAGAAAAGGAUCUGGUAAAACUGGGAUUGUCAGAAAAAGCUGCAGAAAUUGUCAGAAAACAAUUUAUAGAAAAUCAAGGAGGCGGUUUGUAUUGCUGAUAUAGAAGAAAUUUGAGCAAAAGGUACAAACGUCGUCACGAAAAUGGAUGUGUGACUAUUUGAAUUUGACGAAAGACGACUUUAACUUAAUUGAUCAAAGUGGUUUUACACUUAUUAAAUUAAUUAUCAUGGUUUCUUUAUUUUUAUACUUUUGAAGAAUUCAGUAUGAUAAAUUCGAUUAAAUAUAUGGAAUUUAAUGUUUGUAGUAAUUAUACAGUGAGCACGUAAAGGUUGGAAUAAAUUCAUUUUCUCGAGAAUGGAUGGUUUUGGAAAAAAAUCCCGAAACAGGUCAAUUUUUAUUUUUAGAUUACGACUUUUUGGCAUAUAUAUAAUACUAGUGACGUCACCCAUUUGGGCGUGAUGACGUCAUCGAUGAUUUUUUUUUAAAUGAGAACAGGGGUCGCGUUACAGCUCAUUUGAAAGGUAUUUCAAUUCUCCAUUCAGUAAUAGAAACAUUAACAUAACUAUUUAUACAGGAUGCCGAAAAAAAUUUUUUUGGUUUAAAUUUAUUGACAUAAAAAGAAGAAUAUGUGUAAUUUAUUUAAUUCAAGAUACAUUUUACUGCUCUCAGAAAACAGAAAAAAAUGUUUCUUUGAAAAAAAAUCAUUGCUUUUCGCUUAAAUUAAAUGCACAAAUUGUCAAGAGGCAGGUGGGUGGCUGCUUUAAUAUGUACAUAUUGAAUUUGCAAAAAACAAUAUUUAUUUGUCAAAUAAACAUUUUUUCGUGUUUUCUGAUAGCAAUACAAUGUAUUUCGUAUUAAAUAAAUUACACAGGUUCUUCUUUUUAUGUCAAUAAAUUUAAUUAAAAAAAAUCUUUUUUGGACAUCCUGUAUAAAUAAUUACGUUAAUGUUUAUAUUACUGAAUAGACAAUUGAAUUACCUUUCAAAUGAGAUAUAACACGACCCCUAUUCUCAUUUAAAAAAAUCAUCGAUGACGUCAUCACGCCCAAAUGGGUGACGUCACUAGUAUGAUAUACAGUAUGUCCCUGUAAGUUGUAUCCAUAUGGAAAACUUUUUUAUUAUUAAUUUUACGAAAAAAACUUAUUCUUUAUAAAAAGCUCUGCAUGGUCCAAAACCUGAGAUUCAACCAACAGAUAUAAAAUUUUAUAAAUAUUAUACGAGGUAUGUCAAGAAGUUUGAAUUUCACUCAAGAGUAAAGUAGCUUUAUUUUUCACAAUAUUGAAAAUUGCUAUUAUGAAAAGUUGUUUGAAAUUAAAAACUAUAUUGUAAUAUGCAAUUACAUCCUUCUAAUUGAAAAAAAUAUUUUUUUGAAAAAUUAUGGAUAACAACAUUAUUUUCAGUUAUUUCAAUUCUGAUUUUUUUUACUCUUUUAUUAUUAAUUUUACGAAAAAAAGUGAUUCUUAAUAAAAAGUUCUGCAUGGUCUGAAACCUAAAAUACAACCAUCUUAUGUCAAAUUUUAUCAAUUUUAUACAAGGUAUAUCAAAAAAAUGAAUUUGGCUGAAGAGUAAAAUACCUUUAUUUUUCACAAUAUCGAAAAUUGUUAUUAUGAAAAGUUAUUAAGAAUUAAAAAGCAUGUUUCAGUAUGUAAGUACAUCCCUCUCAUUGAAAUAUUUUGAACUAUAAAGGUACUUUACUUUUGAACUACAGUUAUCUUUUUGCCAUACCUCGUAUAAAAUUGACAUAAGAUGGUUGUAUUUUAGGUUUUAGAGUAUUUUAAACCAUGCAGAAAUUUUUAUUAAGAAUCACUUUUUUCGCAAAAUUAAUAAUAAAAGAGUUAUUAGAAUUAAAAUUACUGAAAAUAAUGUUAGUUAUCCAUAAUUUUUCAAAAAAAAAAAAUUCAAUUAGAAGGAUGUAAUUGCAUAUUAGAAUAUAGUUUUUAAUUCCAAACAACUUUUCAUAAUAGCAAUUUUCAAUAUUGUGAAAAAUAAAGCUACUUUACUCUUGAGUAAAAUUCAAACUUUUUGACAUACCUCGUAUAAUAUUCAAUAAAAUUUGAUAUCUGAUGGUUGAAUCUUAGGUUUUGGACCAUGCAGAGCUAUUUAUGAAGAAUAACUUUUUUUCGUAAAAUUAAUAAUAAAAAAGUUUUCCAUAUGGAUACAACUUACAGGGACAUACUGUAUAUGCCAAAAAGUGGUAAUUUAAAAAUAAAAAUCGACCUGUUUCGGGAUUUUUUUCCAAAAUUGUCCAUUCUCGAGAAAAUGAAUUUAUUCCAACCUUUACACGUGCUCACUGUAUAAUUGAUCAUGAAAACAUGAAUUCCAUUUAUUAAUAUAAUAUGAAAUAUAAGUAUUAAUAUAUAAUUGCUUAUAAAUAAAUAUAUUUUUCUUAUCAAA